UUCCCAUAAGCAGGAAUUUGGCAUGAUAACAAUGUAUAACGUAGAUAUUAAAAAAGCUGUUAAAUUGGGUAGCAGUGGAACAGCUGAAAAUCUGCCUUCUACUGUGACCAACCUCUCUGAAGAUGUAGUGAACCGAAUGAAAGAAUCUCCUCAAAGUAAAAGGGACAACCAGAGAUCACCCCGUUCAUCCAAUGGCACAGCUCCAUCUUCACCAGCUGCAGAAGGGAAACCAAAAUCUCCUACAGGAAUCCAGCCACCAAUGCCAGGUGACUCUGGUCAGAAGUCUUCUGCUGCAGAGCAGGAACUGUACAGGAGGUAUGAGCGAGAACAGGCACUGGUCCAAGAGGAGUUGCUCCGGCUGGCCAAAAGAGAAAGGGAAGCAGCCAGCGAGGCCUUGAAUACUGCCCUUCAGCGGGAAAGGAACAACACUAACGAAGAGAGGCAGAGAGUGGCCCAGCUGCCUGCGGAUUUGGGCGCCUGGGCCGUGGAGCUACAAGGCAGGGAGGCAGAGUUGAAGCGGCAAGAGGCCUUCUAUAAAGAGCAGCUGGCCCGCAUUGAGAGGAAGAAUGCAGAGAUCUACAAGCUGACAUCUGCGCAGUACCAGGAGGCAGCCGCCAAGGCAGAGGAGUGGAUAAAGAGGAGGAACACUGAUCCUGUCUGUGCAAGCCUGCAGUCUGAAAUUCUGAAGUGCUACCAAGAAAACAAACAUGAAGUGCUCAAAUGCUCUGAGCUGGCUAAGGAGUAUCAGCGCUGUGUUAGUGCAGCUCAGAAG